GUUGAGUACAUAUCGUUAACGACCCCCACAGGAUGCACUAACUUGUAUUUCGUACUUUUGUUUAGGAAGCUUGGCGUUUCUACAAGCUGCUCCUCAAAUCAAACAACAAAACAAUUAAAUAAUCCAGCAACGAAGUUACAACAUACAACACACAACACCGUUUCUUACCCCGGCAAACACUUUCUCGAACUCCACGAUUUGACGUCGCGCCUGAGGUUUGUAGCCUCACGGAGAAUAUCUCAUCAUGUCUCUGGCGCAGGGCUCGCCUCGACUGCCCAGUCCGCCGCCUCCCGCCGAAAUUCAACUCGGUCCCAAAUCACCUGGACUGGGCAGCACCGCUAGCCGCCAACUACAACAGAUGGAACAGACCAUCGCCGACGCGAAUGCGAAGCGUCGCAUACAUCCAGGCACCAAGUCGGAGGACAUGGCUGCUGGUCCGCCUCUUGUCCCGCUCGGAGAGCUCGAUUCUGCCUUCCAACUCCAGGAACAUCUAGCCUCCUUACACUAUCAUCUCACCAAUUCUAACACUACUCCAAUCACUCGAGCAACCGCAGUCCAGUUGGCCACGCCGCCCGCGGGCAUCGAUCGAACACUGUGGCUCUACGAGCUCUGUCGAUUUCUAAUCGCGCAAUGUAACAGCCUCAUAGUAGGAUUCCUCUUUGACACACCGCCAUGUUCAUCCGCCACAUGCCCCGAGAUGCGCGCCUCCGAAUGGCAAUUCCUAUGCGCAGUCCACGACCAGCCCAAGAGUUGCUGCGCCAUUGACUACUGCUGCCAUACGCUCGACUGGGCCGCAAACGUCGUCACUAACCCCAAGAUCUUCCCUAGCAGAUUCGUUCUUGUUUCGGAGGGCCACGAUAAAAGUUCUGUACUGAAGAACCUUGUUAACGUUUUCCGUCGGCUACAUCGAAUCUUUGCCCAUGCCUGGUUCCAGCACAGAGGCGUGUUCUGGUCAGUCGAAGCCCAAACGGGUCUAUACGCAUUCUUCAAGACGGUCUGCGAUAUGUAUGAUCUCUUACCCGCUGAGAAUUACAAGCUCCCACCGGAAGCAGAGGGUCUGGAGCCUGUGCCGUCUGAGAAGCAAGACAGGAACUCGAUCGUGACGGCGAUUGCAAAGCCACCCUCGCAACAUGAGAACACGGAGCAUGAUGAUCAUCACAGCCUGCACGCCCGCCGAACUAACACGGCUAGACAUUCGAGCAGGCCGUCGACCGGUAGUGCCGUGACGACUGUUAUCGAAGAGCGAGAAGACGAGCAACAAGAAAUGGCUAACAAGCUUAAGGGUAUGCACAUUUCCGCCCCAGAGACGGUGGAGGAAGAGUCUGAAGUCGAAGUGCCUGUCAUCGUUGAAGGCGAGUUGAUAGACACUUCUACCGUUAUCGAGGCAACUGAGGCACCUCAGGCCCCCGAACUAUCAGAGCUGAACAAUGCACACUCCCAAGGCGUCAAGAUAGACGUACAGGAAGAUGUGCCUAUGGAGCCGGAGACAGCCGCAGAACAUGUAGAGGAGCCAACAACUGAAGUUGAGAAAGAGGUGCCUCUCAACCACGAACAACCUAACGAAGAGAAGACCGAAGAACCUGCCACGAGCACGGAGGAGGAGCCAGCACAGCCGGCCCAAGAAGACAGCCAGAAAACAGAGGUGGACACCACCGAGCAACCUGAACCUCCCACUACAGAAACCGCCCAAGAGCCCGCGGAGGCAGAGAAGGAGGAGGACGCCACACAGGAAGAAGGUUCCAGUGUUAACGACCUAACGGCGGAGUAGGACUUCGUAGCCAACCUGGAGCGAUUCGACGAGAUGGACCACGAUGCCAUUAACGAGGUCGUGAGACGCGCUAGAAGAACCCUGGACGGCCUCCGUCAACAGUGGCAGGUCCGCGACCCCGAAGUUCAACAUCAAGAUACCCUGGAUCAACGGACCGAGGUCGCCCUCACGCAGGUAGACACCCUUAUUAGGAGGCUGAGCGAGACCGUCGGUAAUGAGGAAUUCGUCUUCGACGACGACGAUGACGAGUACGACUACGACCGGAGCACGUUUUAAGAUGGGAUCGGGGGGUGGUAAUUUUGGUAGGGGGGGCUUUUUUUAACCGGCUUCGGGGAUGUAUUAUCUGGUACCCUUACCU